CAGUGUUAUGCUGAUUUUGGUACAAAUAGCAGUAGAAUGGCCAUCAGAUUUGAAAAUGGAAACAUUUAUGCAUCUCCCAGUGAUAUCAAUGAAGUUCCACUGAAGAUGUUUCUUAAAACUGGUCCCAUUCAUAAGAUACGUGAAGAACUUUUUGUGAAACUUCUUUAUGCUCCGUAUGAAGAAAUAAAGCAGGGUGAAAUAUUACUGGCUGGAUCUGAUAUCAAAACUAAACUACCUGAAAUUUUUUUACCGCAGGUGAUACAGUCAUCAAAGCACAAUGCUAAAAGAAAGAAUUUGAUACUGGUAAAGGAAUCACAAACUGUACAAGACCAUUCAGCUUCUCCAGCUAUGGCUGAUGCAGACUCAAGAAGAACAGACUUUUUGUGGAACCGAGAAAAUGUUCGUAAUGUAACAAGCACCAAAUUUAACGUACUUUGGAACCGAGAGAUUUUCAACAACAAACAUACAACAUCAAUUAUUAAUGAAGUAGAAAUUCAUUUAAAUAGGGAUCAUGAAAAUAUACAGCUUGACAAAAAUGCAAAAUUAAAUAUAAAAGAUGACAAUAAUUCCACAGAAGAAGAAACUCAAAUACGCAAAGGCCUUGAUUAUUUACACCAAUCUGUCAUUAGGUCACCAAACAUUUUUAAUUUCAAACAGAUAGUCUUAAAGAAACUCAAUUUUACAAGAGAUGUUUUAUUAGCUAAAAUGGUUGAGGGUAAAACUCCACAGUAUUUGACCAUUUAUUCUCAUUCAACUAAGCACACACAAAAGCAUUUUUAUAACACAAAUGCAAAAUGGCCAAGCAGAGCAAUAAUUAAGUCGGUUAAAUCACAGCAAAGCAGAAAUGAAGAUGUCAGUGAACUUAGCAAAAUGAAAAUACCUCGUAUUAAAAGUAAUCUAUAUAAUAAAAUGUUACCUCAUGAUGUACUAAAGGGACAGAAGUACCCAAGAACUCUUGAACAGUUUAAUAGGCAGCAUGGCAUUGAAAAAAACCUGAUGUUGAAGAAACUUUUGAGAAGAAACAAGCAAGAACCAAUCAGUGGUAAUCAAGUUGUGACUCGUGGAGAAAAAUAUCCCAGUGCCAGUCAGGUGACAUACAAGAUAAACUGAAGAAAUUGAUAAUGAAUUAUGCUCUUAAACAAUCUGAUCCCAAAUAUGAAGGUCCCACUUUACUUCCAGAGGUGAUCGACAAUUCACCUUCAAAUGACAAUCAGAAGUCUGUGCCAAUGCCAAGUUUAACUCUUAGUGAAGAGGUUUUGUAUGACAGUCUGUGGAAGGCUAUCAAACAGUUUAUAAAACCAGUGGCAGCUGACAAAACCCCAUUUAGUGUGUUUCUGUACGCUGAAAAACAGAAGGCCGAGGUCAUCAGUGUUUACUAGGGAGGAAAGUGGUACUGUUGUAUCCACAUUGCAGUGUAGUCACAGUUGUUCCCCUUGAUCAACAAAAUGUUUUCAAGCACCAUAGAAAGUUCGUUAAUUUGGACUCUGACCACAACAACAUGAUGCUGAGAAGUGAUCUCACAGUGAAUCUAGUACAUGACAUCUACAGAAUGCCAGAACUUUUCAAAUUCCAGAUACUUGGACUUGAUGUAUUCCGUCCCAUCCUGUCUCUUGGUCCAGCCUUCCUGUUCUAUUUGGGAGAACUUCUUACACUGGCUCAGACAACGAUCCUUGAGAUCCCCUCAUUUGACCAGCUUGUUUUUGUACAACAUCUACUGAAAACGAAUAGUACUCAACAGAGAAUAGGCAUGACUGAACAGACAGAGGGUCUCAUUGUGAAAGCUCUCAAACUGGUAGGGGCAGAAAUGGAGACUCCCAAGAUGCUUGGCUGUGUUUUGGGACCCUGUCUUGUGAUGAUUAGGAUCAAGGCAAUGCAAAGAAAGGUUCACACAUCAUGUGGAAACAAUCCUAUUGAUGGAAUCUUCUCCUUAUUGCCUGAUGGAGUUACUUCCCUCAGCAUGCAGAAUGAUGAAUUGAGAAGUAGUGGCAGAGCGAUGAAGGGAAUUGGAUUGGAAGUGCUGAUGAGAAUCGGGUUACCACUGGAAGAAAGGAUGCAUCUGUUUAAGAAGUAUUUGGAUCUUGAAAUCCACCGAGAUAUGUGCCCCAGUCACAUUACUUGGAUUAAACAGAGCCUCAUGUAUUUACCUGCAGAUGUGGAGUUAUUUGAUAAACCAUCAUCGGGAUCAGGAGACAAAAGCAUGCAAAUGCUUUUAAAUCAAAUUCAAGGUGAAAUUGUAGACAAUACUUUUUCAUUCAUGGAAUACAAUAGUAAAGAAAGUAUAGGACUUCAUCUUGCCAAGUCGUUUUUGAACAGUUCUUUCAUAGCAUUGUCAGAGGAUAUUGUUACAGGACAAGAAAUGUAUAACGCUGCCAUAAAGAAAAACAUCAGCAACUUUGUGGCUACUGUUCUGUCAGUUGACACAGUGUUCACAUCCAAGUUGUUAAAAAGCCCAGAUAUUCUCAGAUAUCAGUUUGUUGGCUAUAAUGAGUUUCUACGAGUACUGCAGUUGUUUCCAAGAGAGGCUUUCAAUUUGUACAUUGGCCAGAUUUUGUCAACAGGUCUAUCUACAUUUAUACAAAUUCCAAGCUCCAAGAUACUGUCACUAGCAGCAUCUACAUUCUACCCAGAAGUUUUUUUAACCAAGCCAUUUUCUUUGCAGGUCUAUUCUGCUGACAGUCAUCCUCUGCCGAUAUUCCGUGAUGCUGAAAGCAAGCUUUUAUAUGAGAGUGCCAAAGCUGAUGUAGAAAUUGAAAUUGCAAAAAAAGUUUUGCCAGAGCAGUAUACUGAUGAUGGGAACCAGCUACCGUGGCGACUGGUCAGAUAUGACAUCAGGAAGCUUGAAACAAUAGUUGAUCACCACUUUGAUUUUGAACUGGAUGGACACAAGAGAAAAUAUAUUCAACAUGCUGUUAGUGAAAACAAGUCUCAUUACGAAGUAUACCUCAUCCGAGAGAUAGAUGGAUUCAAAAUACCUUAUGACCAGGUCAAUGCUAUAUCACUGAUUGCCUUGCUCCGAAUGGGUUUGCUUCCAGUUAUUAAGGAGAGGUUCUAUGGAGAGUUUCUCAGUCUUCCUCUGUAUGAGGACAUGGCACCUUGGAAUAUAGUGUUCAGAGGAGGAAGGCUGGAGUACAUUGACUAUGAUACAAAAGAUGUCACUUUCAACAAGAUGGCCCCAGCUGCUUAUCAGAUCAUGGCUAUGUUGAUGAACUUCAAGAGAACCGUGUCUGAUUUUGGCCACUGCAAUGACCCAGCUGAAAACCAGUAUGGGAUUGAACUUAUUUCACAUUGUGUAGGCAGUGACUUCAAAGGCCCUUGUCUAGAUUCUCGCUACCCAGUCCCUUGUGCAGACAACACUUGUAAACCCACAUAUAUUGACUGUUUAAAGUCCUUGGAGCUUUUGGAACAACAGUAUAGAGAAAAAUCUUACCAGUCAUUUCCUGAAGACAAAAGACAAUCUUUGGCAAAAUGGGCAUUCAACCACAAUGGUCCUGUAAAGAGGAAUAGUUGAAGCUAAUCUGAAAACAGAAAGUAGAUGUUCAGUAACAUUUUGCUGACAAAUCCUUGGUUUUAAAAAGAGAAUAGAAAAAAACCAUGUUAGAAAAUGAUAUAUGUACAUAUUUUGUAAUUAAAAAAAUAUGAAAUUUA